GCAGAUACUCUCACACACGUGAAUGUUCAGAUCAGCGUCCGCGAUGGAUACUACUAAGUUAUCAACGUCAGAAAGUGUUUCUAAGAAAAAGGGGAAGAAAGCAAAGAAGCAGGUACAAUCCGAGGAAAAGCCCGUUGUAGAGAUGGACACCGUUAGUGAAGUUAAAGUAGAGAAAUCGACGUCAGGAGCGACUUUUCCUCCCUCAUUCAGCAUGUCUGAGAUCAAAAACAAACAGCGCAGACACAUGAUGUUCAUCAGACUGAAGCAGGAGAAACGAAAGCAAAAGCUGGAACUGAAAAAGAAAAUGAAAAGAGAGAGAGAAGCUCUUGGUGACAAGGCACCACCAAAAGAAGUUCCCAAGACAAUAGAAAACCAGAGAGUAUAUGACGAAACUACAGUGAACCCAGAGGAUGAGGAGGUGGCUUUCGAUGAAGGAACCGAUGAAUUUUCUGCUUACUUUAAUCGGCUGACAAAUCCCAAAGUCCUUAUCACCACAUCAGACAGACCAAGAACGAGAACCGUCAAGUUUAUUGAGCAGUUGGCGACGGUUAUCCCAGACGCGCAUGUGUACUACAGAAGAGGUCUGGCUUUGAAGAGAGUCAUUCCUCAGUGUGUGUCACACGGUUUUACUUACUUGUUAGUGGUCAAUGAGGACAGAAAAAUGCCAAAUGGUUUAGUUUUGUGUCACCUUCCUGACGGGCCGACUGCGCAUUUCAAAGUCAGUGGUGUUCGGCUUCGCAAGGAGAUGAAGAGAAGAGGAAAGGAGCCAACAGAACACACUCCUGAAGUUAUUCUCAAUAACUUCACUACUAGACUGGGUCACACUGUCGGUCGGCUGCUUGCUGCUCUCUUUCCUCAUGAUCCACAGUUUGUGGGCCGUCAGGUUGCCACAUUUCACAAUCAGAGAGACUUCAUCUUUUUCAGAUUUCACAGGUAUAUCUUCAAGAAUGAAAAGCGAGUAGGAAUCCAGGAACUAGGACCCCGCUUCACUCUGAAACUUCGCUCCUUACAGAAAGGCACCUUUGACUCGAAGUUUGGGGAAUAUGAAUGGGUUCAUAAGCGACAUGAGAUGGAUUCCUGUCGAAGAAAAUUCCACCUUUGAGGGACAGACUGGAAAAUUACAAUGAUUUGUAUUGUUUCAAAACCUUGUUUCAUAACCUUUUUCCAUAAUUUUAUGAAACGUUUAAUAAAACGUGUCUGUCAUUGACUUAACAUUGAAAAUCUAUUGACCCAACUGUGUUUAUUGUACAUUAUGCAUGCUAAUAUUAUAACUUCUGUAAUAUGUCUGAUGUCAGGAUUAUUCAUAAAUUCACUGUUAUUUUGUUAAAAUAUAUCUGCAGUCUGGAUGCAAGAAAAAAAAACAUUUUUGAAUUUGUGAUUCUGAACGGUUGUAUUUGUUAUAGUAUUACUGCACAACAGAUCAUACAAAGUCAUUUUCUGACUUCUGUUGUAAAUAAAAAGUAAACAAUGUAAAUGUACUACCUUGGUGACAAGUAAUGGAUUCACAGUGCAUCCGGAAAUUAUUCACAGCGCUUCACUUUUUGUUAUGUUACAGCCUCAUUACAAAAUGGAUGAAAUUCAUUAUUUUCCUCAAAAUUCUAAAAACCAUGCCCUAUAAUCCCAACAUGAAAGAAGUUUGUUUGAAAUCUUUGUAAAUGUAUUAAAAAUGUAAAAGAUCACUGUAAAUGGAUAUAACCAGAGCAGAACUGGGUUAGAGACAAAUGUGGAUGACUUGGAUACAUAAGUGGUGCAAUGGUGAUACAUUAUUAAAAAGUUUUG